AUGGCGACCAUCCCUUGCCCCUCCGCCUGCCUAAAGUCAAGCAGUCGUCAACUUUCAGCCAGGUCAGCAUCAGCAAGGCGUUUGCAAUGCGACGCCGUGUCAUUCAGCGGCCUUCGUGCGACCACGUCCUGGUCGCAGGCCGCAACUGCCAAGACCUCUAGACUAGCUCUACCCUCGCAGAGCGCGUCGCGCAGUGUGGUGACAUGCGGGCUGGAUGACUUCAUCGGCGGCGAUCUCAUCGGCCUCGAUCUCGGCCAGUGGGUCGACGACGUCGAGCGCUACGGCGCGGUCGGCUUCUAUUCGCCACCGGAGGGCGGCGCGGAGGGUCGGUAUGCGUCGAGUCUGAAGUACGCGGGUUACCACAUGAUGAACAUCUCGGCGCGCGGCCUCGGCGACCCCGAGGCGUACCUCCUCAAGACCCACGGCGUUCGCCCGCCGCAUCUGGGCCGGCAAGCCGUGGCGCGGUUCUACCUGCCGCCCGAGGUGGACUACCGGCUGGCCGUGCUGCCGCCCAAGUACAAGGGGCUCGUGCUCUGGAUCGGCGAGGCCAAGGUGCUGGCGAAGAACGAGCUGCAGUUCCUCACACUGCUGCCGGCGCUGCGGCCCAACGUGAAGGUGGUGGUGGAGAUGGGCUACUCGCGCAAGUUCUACUGGAAGCCAAUGCAGGAGCUGGUGGGGCUGCCCACACCCGCCUCAUCAGCACAGGCUGCUCCUGCAGCCACGUCUGGUGCCGAGAAGAAAGAGGCUGUGGCUGCUUCCUCAACCUCGUCUUAA